AUGUUUCACUCCAAAUCCGAAGCCCUCCAAGGCCGACCCAACACAUCCAGCUACAGCAAGCCACCCCCAGCCCGCACCAGCGAGCUAAGCGCCUACACCAAACCGCCGCUGGACACGCUGCUCAACGCCCACGACUUCGAGGACGUGGCCGCGCGCACGCUCGACCAGAAAACCUGGGCCUUUUACAGCUCCGCGGCCACGGACCUGCGCACGCGCGACGCGAACAAGGCCGCCUUUGCCCGGCUGUGGUGGCGGCCGCGCGUGCUGCGCGACGUCGCGCGCGUGAGCACGCGUGCCCGCGUCCUGGGGCACGAUGUCCAGCUGCCGCUGUUUGUGUGUCCGGCCGCCAUGGCGAAGCUCGUGCAUCCGGAGGGGGAGAAGGCGUUGGCGCGCGCGUGCGGCAGGCGCGGCGUCGCGCAGUGUAUCUCGACCAACGCCUCGUUCCCCGCCUCGGAAAUCGUGCCCGAAGCCCCCAAGAACCACCCCUUCUUCUUCCAGCUGUACGUGAACAAAGACCGGCGCGCAUCCGAAAAGCUCCUUCAACACGUCGCCGCCAUCGGCAUCAAAGCCAUCUUCGUGACGGUCGACGCCCCCGUCCCAGGGAAGCGCGAGGCCGACGAGCGCGUGCGCGCCGACGAGACGCUCAGCACGCCCAUGAGCGGCGCGCAGGCGCGCAACGACAAGAAGGGCGGCGGCCUGGGCCGCAUCAUGGGGACUUACAUCGACGCGAGCCUGAGCUGGGAGGACCUGCGCUGGCUGCGCGGCGUGACGACCUUGCCGAUCGUGCUGAAGGGGAUUCAGGGCGCGGCGGACGCCAGGCUCGCCGCUGAGCACGGCGUCCAAGGCAUUGUUCUUAGUAAUCAUGGUGGGAGGAGCCUCGAUACUAGUCCCCCGUCUGUGCUGAUGCUGCUCGAGCUGCAGAGGUGCUGCCCCGAGGUGUUUGAUAAGCUCGAGGUGUAUGUGGACGGUGGCAUUCGCCGCGGUACGGACAUCCUCAAGUGCUUGUGCUUGGGUGCUACGGCUGUGGGCAUGGCGCAGCAUUUCCUCUACGCGCUCAAUUACGGGCAGGAGGGUGUGGAGCAUUUGAUAGAAGUGAUGAAGGACGAGCUCGAGACGUCGAUGAAACUGCUUGGAAUAACCGACUUGAGCCAGGUCCAUCCAGGGUACGUUAACACACUGGAGGUAGAUCACUUGAUACCCACAACGAUUGAGCAUCCAUAUGCGAGGUGGUCUCCGAAAGCGAGGUUGUAG